CACCAGUCUUCAGUGCUCGCAUUACGCGCAAGCCGCGAGCUCACUGUACGUGUCUUCGCCACCGCCAACCGCCACGAUGGUUCUUUCGGCUGGCUAAAUGCCGAUAUUACUACACCUGCAUUCAGUAACAAAUCGGGCACUCACUCACUCGGUACUCGCGUGUGACCAACAACUCACAAAAGAGAAAUAAAGUGAAUUGGAUUUCAUUAUGCCUGUGAUAACGCACCGCCACGAUAAAUAUCGGAACAAUAACGCAACGAAGUCAUAGAUAGAAUAAGAUGACAAAUGAGAAAGUAGCAAGAAGUGUUGCUUUAGAGCAGGCGUACGUACACGACGUCUACGAACAGUUCUGCGAAAGCUCCAGAAGUCGACCAUGGCCGCGUGUGCAGGAGUUCAUCGAAGGGUUGGAGCCGGGUUCGUUGGUGUGCGACAUCGGGUGCGGAAACGGAAAAUACUUGAACGUCAGCGGUGGCAAUAUAUUCAAUGUGGGCGGAGAGAAAUGUCGGCGAUUAUGCGAAAUGGCGCAUGAAAAAGACAACGAGGUGUUGGUGCUUGAUAACUUAGCGCUGCCAUUUCGUGAUGAAAGCAUGGAUGCAGUCUUGUCGAUUGCAGUCAUCCAUCAUUUUGCAACCACUGAAAGACGCGUGAGUGCGUUGCGUGAAUUGGCACGAGUGCUACGCAUCGGAGGACGGUUGAUCAUUUCCGUCUGGGCGAUGGAACAGAGCCACCGGAAAUUUGAAUCGCAAGAUGUUCUUGUGCCAUGGCAUCGGCCACAGCACCUGAGCACACCGUCCCUGGAACUUACAUCGACCACGAAUACUUCGGAGGAUGAUUGUAUGCAUUAUCAUGCGUACAGUCACACUUCUGAUAGCGAGAGUGGUAAAUCAACAAGAGGUAAAAAACGUGGAAAAACGAGACGUACGACAAGAUCUAUUGACCCCAAGGCUCCGUCUCCAAGCAGCUCGAGUUUGUCGAGUCCCAAUGAGACUUGUUACUCGUUUGUAAGACGAGCCAUUCAAAAACUAGCCGGUGGACGUCGGAUGGGUGUACAUAGACCAUGGUUUAUGGACAGUUGGUCACACAAGGAACCACCACCUAAACGAUAUGAUCCGGAUGGUUGUGAAUGUUGCGAGUGUGAUGCUCAAGAUUUACCAAUUGAAUUACGACGUGUGGAUGAUGAUGAAAUGCCUCAACGACGGCAGACAUUUCCAUCGUCGCAGAUAAUCAACGAUAUUGUCACGAUGAAGUCGAGGAGUCUUAAUAAUAUGACCGCAAUGGAGAACAAUAAUAUCAUUCGAUCAAAUUCAAGCGUGGCGAGUAUUCCGGACGCCAUUUCAACAUCAGAUUCUAACACCAGUAGCAUUCGAUCAACUAAACCGAAACUUGUCAAACAAAAACAAUCAAUAUGCGAGGAAGACGCAGAAGAAGAUCUUGACAAACCGACUGAGAUCCAAAAACUGCUGCCUGAUAUUCGUAUUGAGAAUAGGUCAAAGUUUCGUGGAGGUGUACAAAAGCAGCGGUCACUCAACGAAGAACUCAUGUCAACUGAUCGACUGCAGGAAAAAGAACGACUGCGUAAACAUAUUCAUAAACAAGCCUCACUCAAUGAAGAUUUGAUUUAUCAUAGGAAUUACUCGUUUGAAAACUUCCGAGACACGUACUUUUAUACGAGCACAGCGAAGCGUUUGCAAUUGAUUAAGACCGGCUUCACGAAUAAAAUCAAAUCAACGAACAUCGAACGUGUGACUGGUGCAUCACUCAAGAAUGGAUUCGUGCGUAUGUUUCAACAAUGGAAGAGUUCCGAGAUGAUUUCACCGACGAUUCCUGAAGAUGAUGUCGCAAAUAGUUGUAAUGUACAGAAAGCGAUUAUUAUUGAACAGUGCAACGCGAACAACGAACGCAGAUCGUCGAAAGAAGACGGAUCUGAUUCAUCCAAAGACAGCAGUUUACAAAGUGACACCAGUGUUGAUUCCGAAGAUAGUUUUGCUUCAGUUAUCUUCGUACCGAAAUCCAAUCCCAUGUCGCCUACAUUGUCCCCAGGUCCAACAUCUCCACGUGUCAACACUAAUUCCGUCCCGAAUUCACCACGCAUCAAACAAUCGUCCUGCCCUACAAGUCCUCGCAUCAAACAAAUGCCUCUCAGUAUCUAUCCGUUGACGAAACAAUUGAGUUCACCGAAACCCACCACUGCUAGUAUCCUAUCACCGACUGAUAUUAAAUUAACCGAACGUAGAUCAUCCAUUCCGAAACCUGUCAAUGAAUCGUUAGCCCAGAAAUAUGCAGUUUCUCCGAUUCCGAAAUUCAAACCUACGGCAGUAGAAACAAAUAGCAAUAACAACACAACAACUACUACGAAGGAGAAGGAUGUGAACUUACAGAAAAUCAAAGAUCUUCUCAGUUCGAAACCGGGUUUUGGUGCGCGUACCUCGAAACACAAUUAUCCCAUCGUGCGUCAUAGUUCAGUCUCCAACGGGAAAGUAGAGACAAUCGCAAAACCUCUACCGAAACUGUUAUCCCUAGAACUCUUCAAUCCGGAGACAGAUGAUAAGGAUAGUGAUUCAAGUGCAGUGUCUUCGCCAGAGUCAGUUGAUAGUGUGAUCAGUGUGAACAAUUCCGAAACAAAGUCAAAGUUUCAAUUCCCCGAAGUGCAUCAAGAACGCACAGCGCUGCUACAAGCCGCGCGGGACGUCGCCGAAUCGCUCGACAAUGCGGUCGAAAAGGUGAUCAAAUCAUCGCCGAGAGCUAAACGCAGAGAGAUCAAGACUGACGAAGUGCAAUCGGUCAUGCAGCGCCGGUACGAAUCGGAUCGCAUCCCACUGCUAGGCGAUGAUGACUGGAACGAAGAAUGCCAUAAACAUCUGACUGAUUUCGCAGAUAAGCUCAGCGAGAAACUGCUGCAUGAGAUUGAUCAGUAUCAGGAGAAGUUGAAGUGCAACGAAGCUGCCGGUAGCAACCAUUCGCUGGAACAUAUCGACGACCCGUAUAUUCAUAGACUGAGCGAGGAGCUCCAAGAUUUAUCAAAACUAAGCGCCGAAAUUCAAAAACAGAACGAAUAUCUUGCCAAGCUCAGCGCCAGUGACAAACAAUUCUAUUGUCCCAAAUGUAAAAAGUACGAAUGUAGAUGCAGUAGUGGUAAACAAACGAAGCGAGUCAUGAAGGUACCCGCUAUUGACAUCAAUCGUCCUGCGGAGGAUAUUGAAGCAUGCGGUAGUAUGAUAGCCACCACAUCCUUACCAACGAAUGGUAAUCAUAAUAAACUAAACAAGAAUGGCGCGAGUAUUGAUUCCUGUGAUUCCGAACGUGGUAGCAGUCCGAAUUCGACAAUUUCUACAUCCACCGGUACCGGAUUACAACUGAGUCGACAUUCGAUAGAAUCUGAAGAUACUGUAAGUCGUUACAGUGGUGAUGGUGGCAGUACAGCAUCGUUAGCUUCAUGCCCCGAAUGGAAGACGAUCAAAGGGAAACUCAACAUCGAAGCGCAACAACGCUCCUCCUUCGACGAGAAGAGCACUAAUUCCAAGCUCUCAUCAAAGGACGCCUCGAACAAAUCGAACCUGAUACCGUCGCUCAGCGACACGUCGCAAGAAUCCCUACCCUCGGACAACGUCGGCGGCGAAAUCACGUAUCAUCGAUAUUAUCACGUUUUUAGAGAAGGUGAAUUGGACCAACUGAUAGAAAAGUACGUAGAGAACCUACACAUUAUUUCAUCCUACUACGACCACGCCAGCUGGUGUGUUGUCGCCGAGAAGGUGCAGGUAUGGACAAUCUGACCAGCUUUCAUAAUAAUACUGUCACCGGUUACAAUCAAAACAAGAAACAUUGUAAAACACAUUCUAGCGUAUAGAUGUAACAUCGAAGGAGAGACGACGACAUUCUAGAACGUUUUGCUCAAGUAUUUUCGGUUUGCUUCAGGACAUUUUUUCACCAAACAAACAAAUAUCAACAACAUUGUUAAGCUUGAAGGACGUCAAAAAAGCACAAGGUGUACAUAUUGCGCUAAAACAUAAGAACAUAUUAGUGAAUCGCCACUUUAAAUGAUAAGUCUUGUUAAGUGCUACAUAGUCGCUGAUAUAGAAUCCUUCCUCCACACAGUAUUCAAACAAUCAAUUUGUGGUUGUAAAUACAAUUUUUAUGAUUAUGCCUAAAAUUUCAAAAAAGAUGAUUCUUUGAACGAAACGAGAAUAGUAUCGAUUUAUAAAUGGGCGUGUUAAUGCGAAACAUUUUAUACUACUACUUAUGCGCAGUAUUACGAAGAAAGAAUGAGGUGUAAAAGUAUUGUUCGGGUUUGAAGUUGUUGUUUAUAUGAUAUGUUCUUGAAAUAACGUAAUUUUUGAAGAAUUAACUGCUUCAUAGUGGCGUUUGCUUCAGAUUUACAACUAAUAUUAAUAAUGGCAUGAAUAUUGUACUCACUGGCAUUUCAUAUCAGAGUUUACGAAAAGAUUUAUUGAAUGAUUGAUUGAUUGAUAUGGUUUGAUCAGUAAUGUUAAUAAGAGUAAAUAAAAUUUAGGCUAAUUUGUUGAUUUUGAGAGUUCUACUUUCGUUCACAAUGAUUCGAACAUGAUGAUAUUUAGAAGUUACUGAUAAUAAAGUUUAAACAUAAUAUUAAUAUCGUAGAUGAUAUAUACUUGAGCUGACAAAUAAUAUUUAAAUACAUCUGAUCUUGUACAUAUUCAUUAAACAUGAUAGCAGAUUUUCUACGUGUAUACUUUUGUUACAAACUAAAAACUCUACGUAUUUGAUUUCGAUUCGUUGCGGAAUUCGAUUUUACUUCUCAUGAAUACAAAGCUUUAAUGUUCUAUAUAAGUAUAAGUAUAGAUUACGUUCUCUUACAUACACCAAUGUUAUAUUUGAUUGUUAUUUUUAUAUGUAUUAAUAAUUAUGAUUGCAAAUUGACGUAUGUACUUGCUUCGAACUGGUUCGUACGCUGCGUACUUUUAUACAGAGUACACACAAUGAGAAAACAAAAAAAAAAUAAGAAACCGAACUUUGUGCCUGUCUUGAUUGUUAUAAUGUAUAACAUAUUAUAAUAAUAAAAAGAAAUCUUUUUGAUACGUCUUAAGAAAGAAGAAAAAAGUCUAAACAAAAAAAAUAACACACAAGGAAACAAAAUAGCAUCACUACUCAUUGAAGUUCUGUGGAUUGGAUUAAAUGUGUUUCACUCUAUCGAUAAAUGAAAAAUUACCAUACGAAAAUAAAUACGAUGUAAAUACGAAAAUAAACAAACAUAUUUACAAAAAAUUCGCAA